GGAAUUUCAAACCUGCAUGCUAGAGAAGUCAUUUCAUCACUAAUAGCAUCCACAUCCUGUUCUUGUUCAUCCCAUUUAUAUGUCAAUGAAGGGAUGAUUAUAUUUUCCCUUUAUUGGUAUAUUGUAGGGCAGCAUGGUGGCUUAGAGAUUAGCACUGUUGCCUCACAGCAAGAAGGUCCUGGGUUCAAAUCCCAGGUUCAAAUCCAGGGUUCGAACAGGCAGGGGCCUUUCUGUGUGGAGUUUGCAUGUUCUCCCCAUGCUUGCAUGGGUUUACUCUGGGUACCACAGCCCAAAAACAUGUACAUUAGGUUGAUUGGUAAUUCUAAAUUGCCCAUAGGAGUGAGUGUGAGUGUGUGUGGUUGUCUGUCUAUAUGUGUGGCCCUGUGAUGGACUGGCGACCUGUCCAGGGUGCCUUUCACCCAAUGUGUGCUGGGAUAGGCUCCAGCAGAUCUCCGUGACCCUAAUUAGGAAUAAAGCGGGUAUAGACGAUGAGUGAAUGAACGAUAUAUUGUACAUUUCUCUGCAUUGAUGCUAUAUGAAUGGGAAUUUAAUCUAGUUUUGCUCAGAUCAGUAUGUCCAGGUGCCAUGAUUAAGCUGUGAAUUCAAAAUCUGGUCUGAACACUGGAGCUCUUCAAAUUCCAUGUCAGACUAUCAGCUCCUUCAUAAAUAAGAUGUUUGAGAUUAGAGGAUCAUCUUUACAGUUUUUGAUACAAACUACAAUUUAUAGCUUUUAUAAUCAUAACCAGUAAACAAGUGAACAGCACUUUAAGCUUAGCCUCAGCACCAGAAGUCACACCCAUAAACUGUUGAUGAAAUUUCAGGAGUUUUAAAGUCAGCAUCUGAUUGGUUGGACACUCAUGUGUCUCACAUUAAUUUACCAUUUUUAAUGGUAAAUUAAUAAAAUAAAAGCUGUCAUGGAGUCCAAGGCCUUCUGCCGUCAGUCUAAAGGUCUGGCUAAGUGAUUUAAGAUUACAUUACAUUACUUUAUAUAUUUUUUUUUCUCUUCUCUGUUUAAACUUCUGUAAAGCUGCUUUGAGACAAUGUCCAUUGUUAAAAGCGCUAUACAAAUAAAUUUAAUUGAAUUAACCUAGAAGUUUAAAAGGCAUGAAAACCAACUGUAAUAACCAAAUUAAACUGAAGAAGGUGCCACUAGAGAUACUAAAUAAAUCUGUAAUUUGUGUGCUGAUGUCUUCACACUGUGGAGGUGUAAUUGUUUGUAUUGUGUGUGCUGGAAAGUCACUACCAACAUUUGCAUAUUUGUUCAAGCAAAUAUUUAUUUCAUCACAGUACUUAUUCACAAGGCCGUGUAGAUGCUCACGCUUUACCCAAAUUCGCCUCGGUGUGCUAGAGAGCGCUACAAAGAGGUUUUGAGCUUUGCAUGAAUCUCCAACGAAGAACACAUGAAUUAUUCAUCAAACAGAGAACAAAGAGCAAAGUACAUGAUUGGUUACAAACAUCAUGGUUAAUGUAGAUUGUGUAGUGUAAUGUAGAUCCUUCUUGUUUCUUAUAUGAAAUGGGUAAUUAUUUAUCAUCAGGAUCUUCUUUCCACAUCCCAUAAUAGUUCUUUUUCUCUCUUACCUAUCUACCAGAAAAACAAGAGUUGGAAUGUUCAAGGGUGGAUAACUGAGAUUCCUCUAUUGCUAUAUCUGCUUUGUGAUAAGAGUAUGAAACAUGCCUCUUGGCACACACACACACACCCUUGGAAGUUCUUCUCAUGUGAGCAUUAAACAACUUUUGAACAGAUGACAUUCACAGAUACAUAACACACAUCUUUAUAAAAUUCACCCUGUGUGUUAAGUAGUUACUCUCUCACGUGUGGAGCGUUCAGACCGAAAGAGACUAGAUUAGUAACGCAUAACACAAAUUCUUCCCUCUCAAAAGGUAGUCCAGGCUUUGACAGCACCAAAUUUACAGUCAUGUUUUCACUUUUUCCCCCGGCAGAGCAGUUUUGACUUUUCAGAGCUUUAAACAAUGAGCUCAUUGAAUCAGUUUGUAACUGUUUCCCAGACAGCCAUGGGAAAACAUUCCUGGAGUAAAUGUCAUAAAAAUAUAUAAUAAAGAGGCGUCUCUGUCUUUUUCUUCAUUCCUUUUUUGCCGUCUGUAGCUUGGAAUUUAUUUUUUAGAGCAAAUAUGCAGAUAUCUGGGUUUUCUUUUGUUCUUCUUCAAGAUUAGGUUAAAGUGACAAAGACAAUGACGUCUUAUGAUGGAAAAGCAGAUGGGACACUGGAGCUACUUCCAGUAUCUGUGAACAAACCAUUGAAUUUUGGGACAGUGGUGUCUGUAAUAUGAAUAAAUAUUUCAACAAUGUGGCUACAUUUCAUUUCCACUGUGGCAAAUACACAUGUAACCUGUAUUUGAUGGACUAUCAUAUUCAACAUAAAUCACAAUAGCUGAUUUUGUGUGUGUGUGUACUCUAUAUGAUAAAUUGUCAAACAAUGUCAGAAAUGAUAAUAAUUAAAACAAUUUCUCUGUUUUUUCUUUCUUUCUUUCUUUUUGUCCUCUUUAAUUUCACCAUUUUGAUCUGUUAUAUUCAUUUUCUUCCGCUGCUCUCUCCACUCUGUGGUGGACUCCAGUGCAGCCACUCCAGCUUUUAACAUGGGAUACCUGUUAUUUUCAUUAUUUAGUCCCUACCCCUCUGUCUCCCUCUUCACAAUCAGUGAGCGCUUCCAGUGACAACUGGAGCCAGGAGUCAGUGGAGGGAGGAACCAUGGCUAGGACACUGCAGUGGGACAUGGACCCCUCGGCUCUUCAGCUCCUAGCAGAAUCAGAUCACAGGUGCAAAAUGCAGAAACUUGAAGCAUCAGAGAUUGUACAGUUUGAUUACGUGCCCAAAGAACUGGUGACAUACAGUAAAGACACCCAGACUCCUGUAGCACCAAAGCUGCCUGAAGAAGAGAAGAAGGAUGAAGAAAUUCCUGUGGUCAAACCCAAACCUGAAUCUGAAGCACCUAAGGUGGAUGACAAUCAGGAGGCUGUGCAAGAAUAUCCCAAGGAGCUCACAGAGGAGGAGAAGGAGCAGAUCGUUCACUCUGAGGAUUUCUUGAUCUUCUUUAACCGUAGCAUUCGGUUGGUGGAGCGAACACUUGCUGACGACUUGGAUAUUUUCUUUGACUACAGCGGACGUAGAAUGGAAGACAGAGAGGGGGACACACAAGCUGGAUUAAAUCUGUCCUUUAACCGACAAUUCUGUGAUGAGCAAUGGUCCAAACAUCGAGUUGUCACCUGUCUGGACUGGUCACCGCAGCACUCGGAAUUGCUGAUGGCUUCAUACAACGCCAAUGAGCAUGCACCACAGGAACCAGAUGGAGUUGUGCUGGUGUGGAACAUGAAGUUUAAGAAGACAGCCCCAGAAUACAUAUUCCACUGUCAGUCCUCUGUGAUGUCAGCAGGUUUCGCAAAGUUUCAUCCAAACCUCGUAGUCGGAGGCACUUACUCUGGACAGAUUGCAUUAUGGGACAAUCGGAGCCACAGGAGAACUCCAGUACAGAGGACACCUUUAUCUGUUGCUACUCAUACCCAUCCUGUGUCCAGCAUAAACGUAGUGGGAACCCAAAACGCCAACAACCUGAUCACUGUGUCAACAGAUGGCAAGAUGUGCUCUUGGAGUUUAGAUAUGCUUUCUCAGCCACAGGACAGUAUUGAACUAUACUAUAGCAAGUCUAGGCUAGUGGCUGUGACUGGAAUGGCUUUUCCUGCUGGUGAUGUGAAUAACUUUGUGGUGGGAAGUGAAGAAGGACCAGUGUACACAGCCUCGCGGAACGGCAGUAAGGCAGGUAUUAGGGAGAUUUUCAAGGGCCACCAGGGACCAGUGACUGGCAUCAGUUGCAAUAAUGCUGAGGGCCCCAUUGAUUUCUCCCACCUGUUCACCACUUCAUCCUUUGACUGGUCUGCCAAACUCUGGUCAACUAAACAUAACAAACCACUCUACUCCUUUGAGGACAAUGUUGACUACAUCUACGACGUUAUGUGGUCUCCUGUGCACCCAGCUGUCUUCUCUACAGUGGAUGGAAUGGGUCGCUUGGACAUCUGGAACCUUAACAAAGACACAGAAGUUCCUACAGCAAGUGUGACAGUGGAGGGUUCUUGUGCUCUGAACCGGGUCAGAUUUUCACCAGAGGGCCGCGAAGUAGCAGCAGGUGACUCUGAGGGUCGAGUCUGGAUCUAUGAUGUUGGAGAGCAGUUGGCAGUGCCACAAUCAGAGGACUGGAGUCGACUCGCACAGGUUCUCGUGGAUGUUCGAGGAAACACUUAUGGAGAAGGUGCCAUGGAAGUGUCCAGCUGAGAGCGUAGAUGUGCUACAAAGGCAAAACACACAUAAAUAUAUUUAUGUUAGAACAGAUGUAAGAAUUGACUGCUAAAGUUCCAUUGUUAAAUGAACUUUUAGUUGUGUCUUCCUGUUUCUGCUUUUUUUUUUACUGUUUUUUUUUAUUCAUGUGACAAAGAAAUUAACAAAAUUAAAAAGUAAAAAGAUUCUAUAUGUGUCAGAAUAUAUUAAAUAUUUAUUGAGCUAUAAAUAAAUAUUAUGGAUAUUAAAUAUUUAUUAUCUGUAAAUCUAUUAUCACUAAUUGCUUAAAAAAAACAUCUUUGGGUUAAAAACCUGUUUAAAAAAAUAGUGCAGCAACACUGAGUGUUUACAUGAACGAAAAGUUUCAAAAUAGUUACCAAAUGUAAGUAAUGGUUUUAGGAAUGCUAUUAAAGAUAGUAUCAGGAUGCUAUUCAAGAAUUCUGUGUAUUUAUUUUAUUUAAUUAAUCCGUAACGAGUGUAGGAUGACUAGAGUCUGGGAUGAAGUGUUUUAAGUGCAAUGAUUUUAAAUGAUAUUACCUAUAUAAGUAUUAUGUUUGAUUAGUCUCAGCCUAGUUAUUUGGUGACCCUACAGAGCCAGGGCCAGAGAUUUUU